UUUUUCGUGGAAAAGAAGUGGGAACACAGUUGUGAUCGGUGAACUGAUUUUUAAUGAGAAUGUAAUAAUUUCCGUAAUGAUGCAAUCAAAACCACCACAGGAACAUGAUUAGUCCAGUUUGAUGGAAAGAGUAUUCUUCCACUACGAUUUCAAGAAAAAUACGCAGCGGUCUGUUCCGCCGCAUUAUAUUAAAGAUUUGCUGACCCACCCGUCCAGGUCUCGGGUCAGCACAGAGCGGAAACGACUUAUUUACGCACUGAACAACAAUCCGGAAAAUCCCAAAACUUUACUAAAGCAUAUCCAAAAACCCGGGGAAACAAACAAUAAUGUGUUAAGAAGGGGUGGCCUUUUUGAAAUCAUCAUUCCGGAGGACGUCGCUGCUGAGAUGAGGGAGGAUAGCUCCUUAGAACGGCGGAAAUCCCGCAAAAAGAAAAAGAAGAAGAGGAAGAAGAAAAAAUCGAAGUUGAAAUCUUGUAAAAGAAAAAACAAAGAAAAAGAAGAAACUACGGAAACAUCAAUUCCCUACAACGAUGAAAGCGAUGGUCCGAAAAGUGAGCAGGAAUUUUCGCUGGACUUUUUGGAACUGAAAUCAGAGGACGAGUUGUUGGAUGAUGACAUUCGACUUCCGGAGAUAUCCAACAACUUCCACGCAGGUGACGAGAAAAGCACCCGUCAUCAAGAGAAGAAGAGCACGCCUCGUGCAAUAACUGCUGACGAUUAUUCGACCACAAAUUCUACACGGCUAUUUUUGGAAAGAGUAUUCUUCCACUACGAUUUCAAGAAAAAUACGCAGCGGUCUGUUCCGCCGCAUUAUAUUAAAGAUUUGCUGACCCACCCGUCCAGGUCUCGGGUCAGCACAGAGCGGAAACGACUUAUUUACGCACUGAACAACAAUCCGGAAAAUCCCAAAACUUUACUAAAGCAUAUCCAAAAACCCGGGGAAACAAACAAUAAUGUGUUAAGAAGGGGUGGCCUUUUUGAAAUCAUCAUUCCGGAGGACGUCGCUGCUGAGAAGAUUGACGCAGCGGCGACGGAAACCCUGCCAAAGAAAAACGAGAACCCGAAGUCGAAGGCGUUCUACUCAACUCAGACCUUAUUCAGGGAGCGAACUGAAGGCUACCGGAUGUUCCGCAUCCCGACGAUCGUCACGACGAAGUCCGGCACGGUGCUUGUGUUUUGUGAGGGGCGUCGACACGCAGUCCACGACCACGGGUCAAUCGACAUUGUUUACAGAAGAAGCAAUGACAGCGGUCGGACUUGGGAACCCAUGCGGGUUCUCAUCAAUGGUCGAGGCGAAGCCCUGAGUAAUCCUUCCCCGGUGGUUGAUGGGAAACAAGGCGUAGUCGUUCUCGUUUUUUGCAGAUCGAAGUCAUGGGCGACAGAACCUAUGAUUCGUAUCGGAGAAGCUUCUCAUCGAACCGUUUGGGUGACCAGAAGUUUGGAUGAUGGACGGACUUGGUUCAAACCAAAAGAAAUAACGAGAUCAGUUCGUCUUGAAGAUUGGUCCUGGUACGCAACUGGCCCUGUUCACGGAAUUCAACUGAAAUCAGGGCGACUUGUGGUGCCUUGCAAUCACGUCGUAGGAUUCAAGAGAACUGGUGGUUGGAAAGAUCGCUCUCACGUCAUUUACAGUGACGAUUCUGGAUUGACGUGGCAAAUUGGCGGCUCGAGCAGAUUUGGCACCAACGAAGCCACGAUCGUGCAAGUCAGCAACGGCUCAUUGUACCUGAAUAGUCGAAAUAUGCUUCUAAAAAAGCACAGAAUUGCAGCUUGGAGCGACGAUAACGGAGAAACCUUCCACGACGGAAAACUGGAGAGUACGUUGAUCGAGCCCGACGGACACGGUUGCCAAGGCAGUUUGCUCCCUCUCACGGUCAACCGCAAAAAGGUCAUUCUCUUUGCCAAUCCGUCGACGAAGCAGCGAAAGCGCGAGAACGUGUCAAUUUCCAUCAGCUUCGACGACUGCGAUUCCUGGGAAUUCGCGAGAACCAUUUACGCGGGUUCGUCCGCAUACACGGACAUGGUUGCCCUCAAGAACGGGAUCGUCGGGUUGAUUUACGAACGCGGAUUCAAUCAUCCGUAUCAAUCGAUUGCCUUUGAUCAAUUCAACCUCGAUUGGUUAUUCGAAAUGCGCAUAGCGAACAAGCUGAUUUGAGCGAAUUCCCCCGAAAUCCUGCUGAUGCGUCUCAUUUCUUCCUUGAGAAAAUUGAAUCCGAUUUAAAUUUCAUGCCAUACUGCAUAAUUCUUUCAAAGUGAUUAUUCGAUAUACCCGCGUGGGAAACUGAAAGUUGUGCGGGCAAAACAGUUAAAUAGAUUUAUUUCUAAAUGUAGCAUUAACCUUUACAGUUUUAGCUGGUUCCUAUAAUAACAACGAAUGAACUUUGAAUUCAUUCAUCAAUCUUCCUUCAUCAAGUGAUUUUUCAUUUUUGUGGUUCUGAUGGUUGACUUUGUAUUCCUGCAAUGAUAUUUUGAGAACAUCGAGCGAUUCGGGCCGAAGCAAGUCGCCAUGAUCUUUCCUGUUGAUUUUACUGCAGCUAAGAGAAUUUCAAGAUGAAUACAAAAUCCGCCGAAAAUGAUUGAGUAUAAUUUAUACCCAUAUUUGGUUUGCCAAAACCUUACUUGAUAUCAUUUUUGUUUACUUUUACCAGAUUCGUCAUUCUUAACUUCUUGAUCGUGAGUGACUCUACCAAAUGAAAAAAUCUCAAUUCUUAUAAAUCGCAUGCUGGUUAAAAACGCCAAAAGUAUCCCUCAUCGAAAUUGAUGCGCGUGAAGUGGCAUGCAUAACAAAGAUGAAAAUCGAUCAUCGUACAUUCAUUCUUUUAAUUCUCUUUCUCCAACACGAGUACAAUUUAUACGAGGUUAAUCUGACCGCAAGCGAUGUGUGUUCCAGAGCUGUUCAGAAUGGAUACAUUUUUCUGCCUGAUAUUGUUUUUCCCGAAUAAUGAAGCAUAUGGGGCAGGCAAAUUGUACACUGUCCCGACACCGACACCUUGAGUGACACGCAUUGCACUGGUGAUGAUUCCUCCGUUGUAUUGCUGAAAAGUCGGAAAAAUCCAAGAAAUUAGUUUUAUUCCUUUCCUCUUCUUCGAGACCUGUUGAAUGCAGCACUUUUGGAAGCCAGCAUUAUUUGGAACAUUUUUAUUUUCCUUCAAGGCCUCGAAAUUAGGCGAAGAUCUGAAGCGAAG